GUAAACUUUGGAUCAUUUUUUUGUUUUGUUUUUAGAGUAUACUAUUUUUCUUUUUAUAGUAAGAAAUACAUGCAACUCAAUGGUCUAAAUUACAAGUAGCCAGUAAGUAGGUUUGAACUGACAUAAAUAAAUAAAUUACAACUAAGUAAUUUAUUUGGUUGGUCAACAAAACAUUUACAAUAGCGAAAUGGGCCGCCAACUUAUGUAAGUUCAUACCCGACCCGGCCCGUAUACCGACGCCAGAUUCAUCCAUUUCUCAUCACCUCCCAGUCCCACCACAUCUGAUUUCAAUCUGCGAAUUUCUCUUUAAACCCUACAAACCCUUUUCCCGAUCAAACAAUGACGCUCCACGCCGCAGUGAUCCAGAAGCUUCUCAACACCGGCUCCCAUCUCGGCCGCCGCGCCGCCGAGCACCAUUUCAAACAGUACGCCUACGGAACCCGCAACGGGAUGACCAUCAUCGACUCCGACAAAACCCUGAUCUGCCUCCGCAGCGCCGCCAGCUUCGUCGCCAACCUCGCGCACAUGAGGGGGAACAUCUACUUCGUCAACACGAACCCUCUCUUCGACGAGAUCGUCGAGCUCACUUCCCGCCGCAUCCAGGGCGACGCGUACAACCACAACCGCUCGAUGAAUCUGUGGAAGAUGGGAGGUUUUUUGACGAACAGUUACAGUCCUAAGAAGUUUCGGUCGAGGCACAAGAAGCUUUGCUUUGGUCCGACGACGAUGCCUGAUUGUGUCGUUGUGUUUGAUACCGAGAGGAAGAGCUCGGUGAUACUCGAGGCCGCGAAGCUUCAGAUUCCUGUUGUGGCGAUUGUGGAUCCGAAUGUGCCGUUGGAGUUCUUUGAGAAGAUUACUUAUCCUGUGCCGGCACGUGACUCGGUUAAGUUUGUUUAUUUGUUUUGUAAUGUGAUCACUAAGUGCUUUGUGGCUGAGCAGAUGAAGAUGGGGAUCAAAGAUGGGGGCAAGGAUGAUGUGAUGAAGGAUUUAGCUGCAUGAUUUGGAUAUUCACAGCACACGUUCUUAGUCUCGAAUCAUUGUUUCUUCAGCAUUGUGGUUUUUCUCUACUUUGAAAUUCUGAGUCUUCUUUAUUACAUUUGGGUGAUUUUGUUCAUGUGAUUGUUAUAAAGCAACAGCUUUUUUCAAAGGUAGAUACAUCAGAGCCAAUUUAAUCA